UUGUAUCAGAAGUCAAAGAUUAAACAAACCAAGCAGACUUAGCAGAGUGAGACAGAUACUUCACUGAGCACCAAAGCACACCUGCAAACCAUAAAAGAUCCGCAAUAGCUGCAAUUCAUCAGCUCCACUUGUCUCCACCAUGAAAGCUUCAUCCAUCUUGGUAUAUUCUCCCUCCAUCUUUCCAUCAUGAAGCAACAAUCUAACAUCCCACCAAAAUAGUAGAGGAAUUUUCCUGGUGUCCUAGACAAAUUGUCCCAAGUUGGAAUAAAAAACACCUCAGAUUUCCCCUGGAAACAGGCCAUAUGUCAGUUGGGUCUAAAGUAGUCAGCAAAAGACAAUGUCUUCAGUUGAACUUGGUAGUUUUCCACCUGGCCUAGAACAGGAAUACCAGAGAUUACUCACUCCUGGUGCUACUCAGUUUCUAGCAGAACUGGUUUCGACUUUUAAUAAGGAUAUUGAUGAGAUUUUGUGGCAGAGAAUUGCAAGAAAGGUCAGGUUGGACCAGACUAAUGGCAUACCUGGAUAUUUCCCUGAAACAGCUCACAUCCGCAGUGACUCCAACUGGAAAGUGCGACCUGUACCACGGAGAUUACAAAACAGACAUGUAGAUAUAGGUGACACACCACCAUCUGACACUGAACGCUUUCUUGGUGCUUUAAACUCAACUGCACAGGGUAUCCAGGUUGAUUUUGAUGAUGGAAACUGUCCAACAUUUUUUAAUCAAAUUAAGGGACUCUUCAAUGUUUACAGAGCAGUUCAUAACAUGAUCCCAGAUGUGCCACCUAUAUCAGAUGCCCCUAUCUUGAUGCUCAGGCCAAGGGCAUGGAACAUGGUGGAGCACAAUAUGAUGGUAGAUGGAAGAGAAGUCCCUGGCCCUCUCUUUGACUUUGGGUUGCUAAUGUAUCACACAGGAAGAGCUUUAUAUGAAAAUGAAAGUGGACCCUUCUUUUAUCUCUCUAAGGUAGAAAGUUUUUUGGAGGCGAGACUUUGGAACAGGAUAUUUGUUUGGGCAGAAGAAAAGUUAAGUUUACCACUAGGGAGCAUCAAAGCUACAGUGUUAAUUGAAAACAUAAUGGCUACAUUUGAGAUGGAUGAAAUUCUAUAUGAGCUGAAGGAUCACUCUGCAGGCCUGAAUUGUGGCAUCUGGGAUUAUUCUGCCUCUUUUGUCAACAAAUUUGGUCAUCGUCAUGAGUUCUUACUGCCAGAUCGUAGUAAAUAUGUAAACAUGGAGAAACUGUUUCUGAAGAGCUAUAUGGAUCUUUUAGUUCAGACAUGCCACCGUAGGGGAGCACUGGCUACAGGAGGGAUGGCAGCUCUCUUGCUGCCAGAGGACAGAGACAGUGACAACUAUCAAAGGGUCCUAACUACUGUCACACGGUUAAAGCUCUUUGAAAUAAAUGCUGGAGUGGAUGGGUUUAUGGUAUAUGAUCUGGACCUGGUAGAACCCAUGCAAAGGCUUUUUAAGGAGUACACACAAGGACCUAAUCAGCUAAACAUUCUGCGAGAAGAUGCCACAGUAACACCAAAGGACUUGCUUACCAUGCCUUCGGGAGGAGUGACCCUAUAUGGACUGAAGUACAAUAUUGCUGUUGGGAUUCUGUUUAUUGAUGCCUGGCUGAAAGGACAAGGGCAUUAUUAUUAUCGUGGUCAAGUUGAAGAUUCAGCCACUGCAGAAAUCUCCAGAUCUCAGGUUUGGCAGUGGAUUCGUCAUGAAGCUAAGUUAGAGGAUGAUAACAGAACAGUAACAAGACAGCUUGUGCACAGCUUAGCCAAGGAGAUGGAGGAUGAACUACAGAAGGACUUUCAGUAUACAACUAAAAGAGAAAAAGUUAGACUGCAGACAGCCACAGAAAUGUUCUUGGAAAUUGUUCAAAAGCGAGACUUUCCAGAGUUUAUCACCACUUACUUGAAUCUGGAUCAUACCUUCUUAAGUGGAGCACUUUGACUGGAGCAAUAUAAUAUGACUUAAAAUGCAAUGUAUUAUACAUGAAGGAUAUUCAGAUCUUUCUUAAUUCACAAAAUCUACUCUGAAAGCAGCAAUGAAAAUUACAUGUUUUUUUUUAACUAGUGGAAAAAGACUAAACAUUUAUAUACCAUUUACUGUACAAACUCAGUACAUAGGAGUCAUAGCUUACAAGCUGCCCGUGUUACAUAUUAAUUAUCCAGACUUCAGAGUGUAAAUCUUAGUAUUAAUAUCAUCUGUAGAAAUUGUCAAAUUAUGAAUUUGGAUUGUAUUACUUAAGUGUAAUGGAAGCAUUUACUACAUUUCAAAACAUCAGACAUUCAAUUUGUACAAUAAAAAAUUAAACUAAC